UGUGCGCGAGCCGAUAUGUGACAACUCAAGAGGACUAUUGAUAAUCCACCAAAAUGGCGACUUCCAUGGCCUUUCUCCUGUUUGCUGGACUCAGCGUGUCUGUCAAGUUCCAGGUACUGGCCGGCGAACCGGAAACACUAUCGGUUGUUAUGGACAACGCACACGUCACAAACGCGAACGAGUUCGUGCAGAUACUCCACCCACCUGACAUGAUUGACAACCGAGUGAAACUGACAGUCGAGUACAGGUGUAACCAGGAGCGGAUAGUCGGAGUGGAAAUUUUUCUCAAAAGGGAGAUAAAUCACCCGUGGACCGCGUUCCAGCGGAUGUGGAAGUGCAAUAAAACGGAACAUGUCGGAAAGGCCGGAGUGGUGACGUCAAAGUUACGGAAAGUGAAACUCCGCCUCCCCGAUGACGUUGGCUUCAGACCGGGUGUUUUUAAUCCUGUUUAUUCUUUCGUUUACAAGGCCACGCUGAGAGCGUGGAUCGUCGACAAGCGCUGGUUUUCUUUAGAGAAAGACAAGAGCAAAUGCUACAUGCGAGCCCCUGUGAAAGUUUCCUAUAAAAUAGCUGUGCCCCCGCCUUAUUCAAGACAUUUCAAGAUUCCGUAUAAAGCGUGUCGCCAGUGGUAUUGGAAUAUUAUGUCAAACAUUCCCAGACUUAAUUUUAAUCAGUUUUGUCCCGUAGAAAAUGAAAUUGUACACACAAUUCAGUACCCCGCGGCUUUGAAUGGUUUACCGUUUGCUGUAUAUCGAAAAUUCGAGCCGUUUAUAGAUCCCAAACUAGAACAGUCGAGGAAAGCAAAACUAAACAGUCCACAAUUUACAGUUGAGAUGUGGUUGUACUUCGUGGAAUUCUGUCCAGAGCGACAAAUAAAAAACAGCGGAUGCGGAAUCUUGAUGCACGUGCAGUGGAAUAACACGUUUUUAACACCCCUGCUCGUGGUGGAUUAUGAAGGUUUUCCACAAGUGGAACUGUUCUUGGUUAAAGAUCGCCGCCAGGUGGCGUUUAAAGCUCCGUGGAAGUUCCCACGUCAGCAGUGGGUUAAAAUGGUCUUUCGCAUCGAUGGAAGAAAGUGGAUUCUGUCAGCACACUACGGAAAAUAUUAUAAUGAAACUUUACAGAUAGAUUACACGUUUGGCGAGGACAUCUACCUUGACGACACAGACGGCGUGUUCACGUUUGGCGGCAACGACCACAACAUCCCUAGCUUCAUGGGCUACAUCGGCCGAGCCAUCGUAUACAGGCUAAAGUCCGUCAGUCCAGAACAGAUACCUCUUCCUAAUCCGUAUCACCCGAUGUUUGAACUGGGGCUCACGCGGAGGGAGGAGAAGUGCGCAGCUUUCAUGACGUGGAUUUUCGACAGAAUACAGCACUAUAAGAACUACGUAACAGACGCCAUUAACAAGAAGAAAUGUCACAAUUACUUCGGACAGAUCCUGCGUAACCAUGACAACACGGUCCUCUCCAAGUACUGCCCAAGAAGAAACGCCCCUCGUCCCAGAUAUUACAAGAUCGUCAACGCCUUUAUCCGGAAGUCUGUGCUAAGCGGCAGACCGAUCAAACACCGCGAUCUCGGUCACGUGGCCACAGACCUGUUCGCCAACGCAACCCAGCUCAUUGAGCAUGACGUGGUGAAGGUGCCCAGGGCGGUUCCACUUCUGAAACAGGCGGCGUGCCUCGGUGACUACGACGCCAUGUACAUGUUGUCUGUCAUCCUCAACAACGGCUUCAUGGUGAAGGCAGACGAGAUACAGGCACAAGCGUAUUUGAUGUUGGGUUCGUUGGACAAGCAUCGAUUAUCUACCCUGGCACUGGGUAAUAAACACAUGUUUGGCAUAGAUGGCGUGCCAUGUGACCCGGAACAGUCAUAUCUGUAUUACAAAUAUGUUGCGUCGAAGACCCGAGACGAUCAGGAACAACACAAGCACACCGACGUUGUCACGGAGUCUGUCAGACUGACGGACGAGCAGAUGUUGCACGAACAGACGGACGAGAACGGAGACGUGUUUCUCUGGCUCAAACACCAGGCGCAGCAAGGGGUCGUGUCGGCUCAGCGCCGAGUAUCCCGCGCACUAUUUUGGGGCGCGCAAGGUUUAAAAAGAAACAUCAACGAGGCGAUGGAAAUAUUCCGUCAAGGCGCGGAGGCCAAGGACCCUAGUAUGAUGUACGAUUACGGAAUUGCAGUUUACAGGGGCCAGGGACCGAAGAAGAAUAAGACCGAGGGCAAGAAAUACAUGGAGAAAGCUGCACAAGCGCAACACCCGGACGCGAUCAACGCUUUAGGCUGGAUCGCCCUGCAAGAGCGCGACUAUGAAAAGGCGGCUAAGUUGUUCGAGCAGGCGUUCCGCAUGAACCAGCCAGACUCCGGCUACUAUCUGGCUCAUCUGCACAUGGAGGGGAAGUACCCGGGAAAACCAGCCGAUUGGGACACGGCUUACGGAUUCUACGAGUGGUCUGCCACCAGAGGGCACAUCGAUGCUGGGGUGCUGUACGCCUAUAUGAACAUCAAGGGGACGUUGAUCCGCCCACGCAAUGUCUAUCAGGCGACAGAAUGGGCUCGAUUCAUAGCAGAGAAGAACCCGAGUUUGGGCCUAGUGUUGAGGAAAGGACUGCACGCGUACCGGCGAGGGGACAUGUCGCUGGCUCUGUUUUACUACAUGAUGGCGGCGGAGACGGGCAUUGAAGUGGGAAGUUUUAACGUCGCCUGGCUCUGUGAAGCUAAUGACAAUGGAAUCGUGGCAUCUGUGGAGAAAGAUUGUCAGUGGCGACACUACAACCUGACAAUACAGAGACAGUCUCAUUUUGUCAACUCUUACUCGCUAAUUAAAAUGGGAGACUACCAUUGGUACGGCUGUCGGAAUGGGCGGAACGUGUCACGUGCAGUUCAUCUGUACACAGAGGCUGCUGGGAAGGGAGAUCCCCACGCAUUGUUCAACUUGGCUGUAAUGGUGGAAGAUGGAGUACAACUAUCCCAGGAGACGUUAAAUAAGUUACACUUUCCACUGGCAGACAGGAAAGACAACUUAACAAUACUCACAAGGCUGUACUCACGAUGUAAAGAGUCUAGAAAGACUGAGGCAUACCUCCCGUGCUCUCUUGCCCUGGUUCGUCUGCAGGCUCUGGACGUGUGGACACGAUACAACUUGUGGAUGAAGGUGUCUACUGUUGUGGGAGUUGCCUUGGUAAUUUGGAUGACAGGAUACGCUCUACACCACCACAUAACUCACCGACACAUUACACAGGAUUUAAUCUAAAACUUUGUCACAUGCAAACCAUGGACCAUUGGUAAACACACACAACUACGUGUCACACUCGAAAUACCUGCAUAGGUACUGGGCCAGACAUUGUCUAGACCGUGGGGGGUGGACUUCGAAUAUGAACCUAGUGGACCAUUUGUUCUAUAUUUUCCGUGGACACCUAUAUGAAGUCUAAUAUUGUAUUGUUAAAAAAGAAAAGAAAAAAGUUUAACCUCGGCUUCCGCACCUGUAUGUGUGAAAGUUGAAAUCCACAAGAUACAAUGUAUAUGGCUGAAUGUUGUGACCCUCGAAAUAAUUAUUGUGUAGAUAUUUAUAGAUAUGGCCAAGUGAUGUGGUCGUCAAAAAAAAGGAUGGCAGUUGUGAACAAUAUAAUUCUAUAUACGGAAGUUGUGACUCAGAAAUAUAUGGACGGAAGUUGUGACCCACAAAUUAUUUUGCAGAUAAUAUUCAAAGAUGUGGACAAAAGUUGUCAUCCAUGAAAUCAGAACCGGUUUAAGGAUCCGCAGGGCCUGUAGCACAAAUAACAGAGGUUCCCCUUUCCCAGGAUAUAUAUUUUGCAAUCCCUCGGGGAGAGGGGAAAAUAAAUGUACAAAUCACUGUGGGGCAAAUGGUUGGGUCCGCGAAAUAUUUUUAAGACAAUUACAAAUAUAUUAACAAAACUUGUGAUGGGCAAUUUUUUUUUUUUUUAAACAUAAUUAUAAAGGUAUGAACAAAUGAUAUCACCCAUGAAACAUAUUGAAGGCAAUUAAAAUAUAUUCUUACA